CCCUGCUUCGCCAUGUUAUCGAGGAAACGCGUCAGACUAGAGGUACAUCUUGGUGGGUAUAUUAAUACCAUCUGGGCGUUAAAAGCGGUAACAUCUGUGAAUCCUCGAUCCUUUAAUUCGUUUUUUUGUUUUAAACCAACCAUCACCAGCCGGCAAGCAGCUGGCAAAAGCGGGUUUUGUCUUUUUUCGACAUUGAGCUAAGGGCCAAAGCGGCUGCCAUGGAUUUUUAAGGCAUAAUGCGGCACCUCUAAUGCAAUGGCAAUGCACAGUGCAAGGCAAAACAAACAGCGAAAUUCCAUCUUCGCAACUGCCAAGCAGUUGGGCUCAAAUACCGUCCGCGGUAUACCUGCGAGCCAACCGGUACCUCUGCUCCUGGACCGACGGAAGCUAACGCUAGCUAGCUAGUCAUCUUAGCUGGUUUAAAACAAAUUAGUCAGAAAAAAAGAUCCAUUCAUUCAUUUGAACGUCGUCAAAACUAACGAUCCAAAAACAAUGAAGCCUCAAGAUAUCAUCGCCGGGAAGACCAGCCUGUGGAUCUUCGGGUACGGGUCACUGGUGUGGAAGCCUGACUUCAAAUAUAAGAGGAGCAAGGUCGGUUACAUUCAAGGCUACAAGAGACGCUUCUGGCACGGAGACAACUUCCAUCGUGGGAACGAUGAGUUGCCCGGAAGAGUGGUGACGCUGAUCGAAGAUGAUGACGAGACCACUUGGGGUGUGGCGUUUGAGGUGGCAGGCUCACAGUUGGAGGAGUCCCUGAAGUACCUCAAUGUGCGAGAGACUGUCUGCGGUGGCUACAUGACCAAAAUGGUGGAUUUCUUCCCUGAGGGGGAGGAACAGCCUUCGGUUCAGGCGCUGGUUUACAUCGCCACCUCCGACAACCCUCUCUACCUGGGCCCGGCCACCUCGGAGGAGAUCGGCGCCCAGAUCGCAAUGUCCAGAGGGAAGACGGGCCACAACCUGGAGUACCUGUUCCGGCUUGCGGAGUUCAUGAGGAGGAGUUGCCCACAUGUGGAGGACCAUCACCUGUUCUCCAUCGAGGCCGCAGCAUUGACCAUGGUGUCUUACCUGUUAGCAGCACAGUAGCUCGUACCCUUUGUUUCACUAGCAUGUAAUGGAAAGAAUACACUACACAUGAGGCUUUGUUCUGCCAUGUUCUACCUGUUUUACAUUCUGUAGCUUGGCAUCCCCAUCACCAUCCAUUGUACUUAAAAAUGUGGAAAAAAGAAGGGUAGCUUAAUACAAUCCCUACAAUGUUCACUGUAAACACUUGUUUUUCUUCACUAACGGUUUUGAUUUGUACGGUGCAACUUCCGUCCAAUUCAGAAGGUACUGCUGUCACUCAUAGUUGAGUGCGUUGAUGUGUCAAAGAAUAAAUCUGACUCUGAAAAGUUGCUUGUGACAACUGAGUGUCAAGUUAAAUAAAUACCAAUUUAAAAAAGUGGAAAA